AUGAAGCCAGACAGAAAUUCAUUCUCUGACACUGAGGUAUACACCGUUGGAGACUGGGACAAGCUAAAGCUGCUGCUGUGGAAGAAUUGGAUUCUUCAAUGGAACCAAAAAAUACAGACUAUAUGUAUUCUGAUCCUCCCAAUACUGUACCUUUUUCUCAUUUUAAUUAUACGUCUAGUAGUAUAUCCCGAUAUUUUGCCAGAAAUUCGCUAUGUACCGGAAUCUGUAUCGGAUCUACAGCUUUAUAUGAAGAAUGUUAUACUGGGAAAUCGGAUAUUGCACGAGAAUGGAUCUCUUAAUUUGCCAAGAAAUUUCCUUUGCUAUACUCCAGAUACCCCCAUAAAUGGGGCUAUUAUUGAUGCCACGGUAUUGAGACUGAGACUUUUGGGGGCUAGACCUUAUGACACGGCUUUGCAUAUGGAGAGGGAUAUGGUAAUGCAUAACUAUUUAGCCGGAGUGGAUUUCGAGGACAACGCGGAGGCAACCAUGGUCAAUGGAUAUCCACUUAAUUUGAAUUAUACAUUGCGAUUUCCCAGUGAAUUGCGAACCAUGACAGGUCCAAUUAUAGAGACGUGGCGGACAUCUUCCUUAUUCCUUUCUUAUGACACGUCAGGUCCACGUAACAGAGAGGAAAACGAUGGAGGAGUUCCGGUUGGAUAUAUUAGAGAAGGUUUUGUGCCAAUCCAACAUGCCCUGACCAUGUCCUGGCUAACACUGGCUUCGGGUAUUAAUGAUAAUGAACUACCAAAUAUAAGUCUUCAGCGAUUUCCCUAUAGAGCCUUUACCUAUGACCCAUUGCUAAAUGGACUGCGGCAACUACUACCCUUCAUCAUCCUGCUGAGCUUUAUUUAUCCCUGCUCGACGGUGACCAAGUUUGUGAACAUCGAAAAGGAAAUGCAGCUCAAGGAGAUCAUGAAACUGAUCGGCGUUCAUAACUGGCUUCAUUGGGUGGCGUGGUUCAUUAAGAGUUAUUGUAUGCUUAUGAUUGUUGCCUUUUUUAUCCUGAUCAUGAUGAUGGUAAAAUUUUAUAACUCCGUUGCUGUACUAACAUAUUCCCAGUGGAUUCCUAUUUUACUAUUUUUGCACACUUAUGUCGUUACGGGAAUUACUUUUGCCUUUAUGCUGGCGGUUUUCUUUAAAAAAGCCAGCACUGCAUCGGCUGUGGCUUCCAUACUGUGGUUUCUGACCUUUAUACCCUAUUCAUUUUCAUUCUAUUACUAUGAACGCCUUACACUCGCCCAAAAAUUAAUAAUUUGCUUUGUAUUUCCAAACUCGGCCUUGGGGUUUGGCGUGCAUGUCAUAAUCAUGUGGGAAGGAACCGGAGAGGGAGUCACUUUGGCCAAUAUGUUUCACCCAGUCUCGGUUGAUGAUAACCUGACCCUAUUUUAUGUUAUCAUGGCGAUGACUUUUGGAGCAUUAGUAUUCUUAAGUAUUUGUCUAUAUAUAGAACAGAUAUUCCCUGGGGAAUAUGGUAUUGCUCGUAAAUGGAACUUUUUGUGUCGCAAGGAGUUCUGGCAGGAACUUACGACUCCUUUAAAGAAAGAAAAGCGCCUAAGCAAUCCAAUGGAAAAUUCCAAAAAUGGAUCAGUUAGUAGAAAUAAAAAGGAAGUGGGACUGCAAUUGGUAAACCUGGAAAAAACAUUUGGAAAACUUAGAGCCGUCAAGGGGUUAAGUUUGAAGAUGUAUCGCAGCGAUAUUACAGUGCUACUUGGCCAUAAUGGAGCUGGUAAGACCACAACGAUCAAUCUGAUAACGGGUAUUACUAAGCCCACCAAAGGAACGGUCAUAGUGAACGGCUUUGAUAUUCGCAGGGAUUUGGCCAAAGCUCGUCAAUCAUUGGGAGUUUGUCCGCAGAUAAAUAUACUUUUCAAGAGCAUGAGUGUGCGGGAUCAUAUUAUAUUCUUCAGCAAACUGAAAGGUAUCCGAGGCAAGAAGGCGGUGGACAACGAGGUAAAUAAGUACGUUACCAUGCUGGAUCUGAAGGACAAGUCUUUUGUGGAUGCUGAUAAACUUUCGGGCGGCAUGAAGCGUAAGUUGUCCCUUUGUUGCGCUCUCUGUGGCAAUGCCAAGGUUGUUCUGUGCGAUGAGCCAAGUUCUGGAAUCGAUGCUGCAGGACGCAGAAGUCUUUGGGAUCUAUUGCAAAGUGAAAAGGAGGGGCGAACUAUUCUACUGACCACUCACUAUAUGGAUGAAGCCGAUGUCUUGGGCGAUCGAAUAGCGAUCUUAUCUGAAGGUAGGCUGCAAUGCCAAGGUACUUCCUUCUACUUGAAGAGGAAAUUUGGUAAUGGCUAUUUAUUGGUCUGCCUAAUGCAGACUGGCUGUGAUGUCAACAAUGUUACCCAGUUGAUAAACAAGUAUGUGCCUCGCUUAAAACCCGAAAAGGUGAUGGGCAGUGAACUAAGGUAUCGCCUGCCCACCAGCUUUUCCAAGAAGUUUGCGGAAUUACUGAAGGAUUUGGAUAGCAAUUGUGCUAAAUUGAAAUUAGAUGGCUAUGGCUUGAGUGGAGCCUCUUUGGAAGAUGUUUUUCUGGCAGUUAAUAAGGAUAAAAGAGUUCGAGGUGGAGCUGAAGUGUCUCAUGGUGGAGAAAGCUCGGAUAUUAAAUACUUGGUUUUCGAUGACAAGGUGAGGGAAACGAGAAAAUCAUCUCGCUUAUGUAUGUUUUGGCAGGCUCUGUUUUUAAAGAAGUUAUAUACCACCAUUAGAAAUUACUGGCUUUUUGGAAUACAGAUAGGUCUGCCCAUAAUAGUUAUGUCCUUGACCAUAUUUAACUCUCGAGGUGGUAGAAUUUACUAUGAACUACCCCCCUUGACGAUAUCCAUUACUCCGUACAAACGCUGUUUCAUUAUAUUGGAGGAUAAUGCUAAUGACAAGACAUCACCCAUGGCUGAGGCUUAUAUAAAACACUUGGAUCAUUACGGUGAGAAAUUAACUUUGUAUAAUACAGGUAACCAAAAAUUCGAGGACUUCAUACUAAGUUUUAACAAAAGUCAAAACCGACGAGUUGAUUUUGCAUUUUUAGCAGGGCUCACUGUUGACAAAGAAAAACUAACUGUGUGGUUAAAUAAUAAACCCCUGCAUACCGCUCCCUUGACCCUGAACUUGCUGCAUAAUGCCUUGGCGAUCACAUUACUUGGUGAGGAUGCCUCGACGUAUGUAACUAACAAGCCUUUGCCAUAUAGCGAUGAUACCAAAACAUUGCGACUGAAUAAAGCACAGCGAUUGGGGGCUGAAAUAUCCAUCAACCUAACCUUAACCCUGAGUUUUCUAACUGCCUUCUUUGCGAUUCCCAUCAUUAAAGAGCGAGAGACCCGUGCCAAGCUUAUGCAAUAUCUCAGUGGAGUGGAUGUGGUUGCCUACUGGACAAGUCACCUUAUAUGGGACUAUUUCAUAUUUCUCCUAUCAGCCUUAGCGGCUAUAUUUACCAUUGCUGCAUUCGAGGAGGUGAGCUAUACAACACCAUUGGAUCUGAGUCGAUACUUUUUUAUGCUCUUAAUAUUUGGAUUUGCUGCAAUCCCACUAAGUUACGUAUUGGCUGCAUGGUUUUCCGAACCAGCCACAGGAUUCACUCGGAUUUCCAUUUGCAAUACCUUCUUGGGUUGUGGUUUGUUCGUGGUGGUGGUUACCCUUAACUUCGAAGCCUUCAAUUUGAAAGAUGUGGCCGACGAAAUGGCCUGGUACUUUCGAAUAUUUCCACACUACAGCGUGGCCAGUUCUCUUUACCACAUCCACAUUGGAUACCAUAUUCGACGUGGCUGCAGUUUGACUGGCAUUAAAAUUUUACGCGAAAUACAGCGUUGCCGCAGUGUUCCAAUUUGUUGUAAUAUCCCACCCUAUUUUGGCUGGCAGAGCCCUGGUGUUUUGCCAGAGAUCGUAUAUAUGUCGAUAGUGGGCGUAAUUCUUUUUUCGAUACCAAUAAUGAAAGACGGAAAGGUAUUCGAAGCUCUUAACGAAAAGUUAAGCAAAAUGUCCAAGCGAAAGCGUUUGAGAGGAGGAUCUUUGCCUGAAAAUGAGGAGGUAAUUGCGGAACGAUUGGUUGUCCAGGAAAUGAUUAAGUCGCAAAGAAUGGAUAUACCUUUGUUGGUGAAUAAUAUCACCAAGCGUUAUAAGAAGAAACUGGCUGUGAAGGGCAUUUCAUUUCAUGUUCCCCCAGCCGAAUGUUUUGGUCUCCUAGGAAUCAAUGGAGCUGGCAAGACCUCAACCUUUCAGAUGUUAGCUGGUGAUCAGAAAAUAACUUCAGGUGAAGCCUACGUAGAUGGCAUAAACAUAUCUACUCAUAAGGUUUAUAGGAAAAUUGGUUAUUGUCCACAGUUUGAUGCUCUGUUCGAAGAUCUCACUGGUCGGGAAACGUUAUAUAUUUAUAGCCUAUUGAGAGGAGUGCAGCGGCGAUAUGUAAAGGUCUUAUGUUGGACCCUGGCCAAGUCUUUCGGAUUUGCACAGCACUUGGAUAAGCAGGCGAAGCAUUAUAGUGGUGGCAAUAAGCGAAAACUGAGCACUGCUAUAUCAGUCCUCGGAAAUCCCUCUGUUCUAUAUCUCGAUGAGCCCACCUGCGGCAUGGAUCCCGGGGCGAGACGACAGAUCUGGGGAAUUAUAGAAUUUAUUCGUACUUCUGGAAAGUCCAUUGUCCUGACCUCCCACAGCAUGGAUGAGUGUGAGGCCUUGUGCAGCCGAUUGGCCAUAAUGGUAGACGGGGAGUUUAAGUGCAUGGGAUCGGUUCAAAGUCUAAAGAAUCAGUACUCAAAGGGUCUGAUACUCAAAAUAAAAGUCAAGCAGAAGCAAAAAGUUUUUCAAAGACUAGUGCAGAGCUCUUCGUCAUCAACGGAUAAAAGGUCUUCCAUGGAAAAAAAUUCCACAAAUUUCAAAAUGGGAUCUACAGAACACAUCUUACCAGAAAGGGUUUUAAAGGUUAAUAGAUUUAUUAUAAACCACAUUCCUGAUGCCGAAUUUAAAGAGGAAUAUAAUGGACUGUUAACAUACUAUAUACCACACAAGGAAAUAUUGGUUGACAUAUUUUAUCUUCUGGAAAGUAAUAUGCAUAAGUUGAAUGUUGAAGAUUAUUUAAUUAUGCAAACACGGUUGGAGGAAAUCUUUUUGGAGUUUGCCUUUAAGCGGGAUUCUUUGGUGACAGCUAAAUGAAGAAAAUGUCGAUGUUGCUGAAAUACUUUUUAUUUAAUUAUAUUUUUAUAAGUAAAUAAACCACAUGAAAAUGAGAAUAAACAGGCAUUCAAGUAAUUCCCUUUCAACCUCGUGAGAUUCCAACAGAAACUUGACCUCCCUGCCUACUAAUUGCUGCCCA